UUUUGAACUUAUGAAAAUGACAGGUUAAAAAAUGCCCGUUUUUAAAAAACCUCUACAUUAAAAGUUAAUAAAUUAAGUUCGUCAAUUUUAACUUGCAAAUCUGGAUGAGAAAGCAGAAAUAAUGAUUGCUGCCUCAGAACCACAGGAGUUUGUUCCAAGUGGAAGGCAGCAAGCAACUCAGCAUGCUUUAGCAGAAGAUGCUGACUUAGAAGUGUUACUAAGACCAGAGGAUCUUGUGCUUAAGCAACUAGAAAAUAUAUCGCUAGCCGACACAAAUCAGGAUGAAUGGUGGAUACUCAGAAAAACUCCUCGCUCGAAUAACGAAAGUUUUUUUGAAUCUGUAAAAUCGCACAACAACAAAAGUUACAGUAACACUACAAGUAAGUCGUACAGUUCUUAUUUUGAUGAAUCAAAGCAUUUUUCUGAUGCAAGUGGUUCGAGGUUGGGUAAUAAGAGAUUGUCAGUUGAUGAGCCAAAAAAUAACGCUGAGAGUAAAAAAACCGAAAGUACAUUGAAUACAAAGUUAUCCCCAGAGGUUAUGGAGGAUGAGUUGUAUGUAAAAGGUAACACAACAAUUUGGUCUAGGGGUUUGGUAACCAAUGAGGAAGAAUUGGAUAAUGGUAGGGUUUUACUUUGUUGCUAUACUUCACCCCUUCCAGUUAAACAAGCUCUAUGGUGCACCUUUUAUUGUGAACGUCCUAUAUACGAUACAAAUUUAGAAGAACGUUAUAUGAAAAUUGAUGAACCUAGUGGGAUUCCUGUACCAUCAAUUUGCAUCAUAGAUGAACAUAACAUAAGAAUUUUCACGGAAAAAGGGGAAGAUUUUGUUAUUACGGUGCCCUUUAAAAUAAACAAAGUCUGGACUACAAGGUUUGGUUUGUUGGUUGAAAAAACACCAUUCAAUACCACAAAAGAAACCCAGUUUGAUAACCAGGCAAAUUUGUAUUCACUAGCCUACCCUUUAGAUGAUGUUUGUCAAGUUACAUUGCAUCAAAACUGCCUCAUGCAAAUUUUAAAUAACCCCAACUGGACUGUGGUAUUUACAUGUGAUAAACCUAGCAUUUGCAUGAUUUAUGAUAGCACCACUAGGCAACACAGCGUUUUUAGGAUAAGACACCUCAAACCUGAGGAGAAAAACUUUUCCGAUAAAGCCUCCAGCAUGAGUCAUUCCAGAAAUUUAACCACAUCCAGUAAGCAAUUAAAACAUAGAUAUUCAAUGUGGGACAUUGUCAAUAGCCAAAAUAUACUCUCUAGUCCAAGCAGUACUAAACCAAGCAGCCCUUGUCCUCAGUCUAGAUCACUCAGUUCUAUGGCUACCAUAAGUCGGUGUCAGUCGCCAGCUGCGUCUUCUGUGGGAAGCCCCUGGAUGCCGCAAAGGUCGCGAAUAAGCACUAGUGCACUAUUGGAAAAAUGUCAAAUUUUGCCGAACAAUAAUUCGUUUUUCGACUCGUCGAAAACCAUGUCGCAUUUACGUUCAAACCCGACGAUUUGUCUAGAUUAUUUGUGGACCGACAACUAUUCCACCCAGGAUGGGGCGCUCGCAGGUCCGGCCACUAAGGUGUUCUUUAGCGAGGAUUACACUGGUCAGUGGUACCUUUGCUACAUAUUAUUAGCGCGUUACCAACUGUCCAUCGUUAAGGUGGACUUCACCUCGAAUUCUUCGCAAAUGUCAUUUGGCAUGUUGACCAGUAUUAGUGCGAAGGAUGCGGUUCCGAUUCCGCAUUUACACAUGCUGGCCAUUUUGGAACACACCGGCAACGUUACGUUAUAUUCCGGCCUAACAGCAGUAGGUAAACUACAUUUGGGAGGAACUUUGGUGGAACACACUCCUUCGCCCUAUAUAAGGAAGAACCUCGACCAAUUUCCAAAACGUAGCAGUUUGUUACCUCAUUGCAGCCAGGUGGACCCGCAAUUUGAUGAACACCUAUUUUCUCCAGUGUUGCCACCUACUUCUGCCCCCAGAACUACCAUUAAAUUUAAUUUUGACGUUCCUUCGUCGAAAACGACGUUGGUCAGCUUGACGGACGCGAUCGAGAACCGGCUGACUCUGAAGUAUUCCGACGGCACGUACUAUCGCAUAGCGUUGCCUAAUCUCGCCUCUUCCCCAUUGGUGGAAAGCUGUCUCGUCGUCAUCAGACAGGCCUUGCAACGCGACGCCUCCAUCACCUUCUUGGCGCGCUGGUACGCCACAAGAAACCUUCUCGGCAGCCAGGAAGUCACGGUCGACCAAGAGUGGAACAUGUUCUCCCUGCUUCUAUUCGAGCUUCUCGGUUAUGAUGAAGACCACCCGAGCGAAAUAUCAAAGGAAGUGCCAGUGACCCCAUCUAGCGGAAUAAAGCGUGUAAAACAAAAUUGCGAGGGUUGCGAUGACGAUUGGAAUUUCAUGAUUAACUCGGAUCACAAUCAAAAACUAAACCAACACCUAGGAAAUCAACUGUACCUCAAUCUUGCGCAAGGUUCGCAAUGCGAAGACGAAACUCUACCUGUGACGAUAAACGUCAAAUCGGUUUUAUUUCCGUACAUUAGAAUCGUGCAUUUCACCUUGCAUUUGCUGUAUGAAGAUCUGAAACUAAACGCUCUCAGAUCGAGCGACCUCUUGCCUCUGAUGAAGGUCUUGAAUAAAUUGUCGAACGAUUUGGGCCUGAUGGAUUAUUCCCUGCUGUACUGGAAGGAUUUCCCCGGACACGGAGUGGUCAAAAAUAGCGGCGUCAUUUCGCAAAACGAUCUUAAAAGCGUCAACUUUUUUGCCGGGUUCAAUGGUCAGCCAAUCAGCGUCAUGCAACAUGUUUUGAACUUGUUGGGCGAUGGAGAUGUGCCGGAGUAUCCGUUUCUAUCGAAUGUCAACAUCAGAUCCAGGGAUAUUGUUCAAUUGUGCGGCAUUCUGUCUGGCCGCCAUAAAAAUCUACCCGCCGAAAAUCAACUGGACAGCUUCGUAAGGGACGUAACCCCGAACGCCCAAGAACCGCCGCAUUGUCACACUAGAGUGAGAAAAACCGCCGAGAUGUCUUCGGUGGAACUCGCCAUCUUGCUCAUGGUAGACAUGGGCAUCACUCUAAGUUACCUCGACACCCUACCGGUCGGGAUUUACCUGUUGUUGUACAGCGCCCUCUGGAUGUGCAGGGAGAACCCGCCGUCCGAUUGGCCGGCCGAGGCGUACAGGCUCUUGUGGAGGGAGGAUCUGGCCGCGCAGGCGCUCAAAUUGAAAAAGGAGGUAGUCGAGACCGUAACGGAAAAGUACCGAAUGCUCGACGAAGACCUGUUGAAGUACAUCGUUCCGCCGGCGGACACCGAGCAACCGGACGGCAUGGAGGACACCGAGUCGCCGCUGCUGAAGCUGCGCUUCGCGCGGGACCUGCGCGUGCGCGAGACGCGCAAGAUGCUGCGCAGCUCGCGUCCCGUCGGCGUCGCGCUCGUGCAGCGUCCCGACGUCUCCGAUCACGAUUUCAUCGAGGAGCAGGAGAAGCAUUUGUUUGCCGUGUGCACCAGGACCAUGGCGCUGCCGAUCGGAAGAGGCAUGUUUACCAUGCGCACUUCCACUCCUGUGAUCACCGAGCCGAUGCCGUGCCCGCCGCUGUGCUUGACGGGAAAAGCGCCACCUCGAGGCACCACCGUGGACCUCAGCCACAUCGACACGCCCGCCAACAUGAGUCUCUGGCCGUUGUUCCACAACGGCGUCGCCAACGGCCUGCGCAUAUCGCUGGAGGCGCGGUGCGUCGACACCACCUGGAUCAUUUUCAACAAGCCCAAGGAAAGUUCCGACCACGAGAUGGAACACGCCGGGUUCCUGAUGGCGCUCGGUUUGAACGGCCAUCUGAGGAACCUGGACGUGCUCAGGAUCUACGAUUACCUCGCCAAGCUGCACGAAAUGACGAGCAUGGGAGUUUUGCUAGGUUUGUCGGCGGCGUAUAGAGGCACAUCGAAUAUGAGCCUAACUAAAACGCUCAGCAUCCAUAUAGAGGCUCUAUUACCGCCUACUUCAAUGGAACUAGAUGUUCCGCAAAAUCUCCAGGUUGCCGCUUUGCUCGGCGUAGGACUUGUGUAUCAGAGAACCGCUCAUCGUCAUAUAACAGAGGUGCUCCUAUCUGAAAUAGGAAGACCUCCAGGUCCGGAAAUGGAAAACUGCGUCGAUAGAGAAUCCUACUCGUUGGCGGCGGGCCUGGCUUUGGGUAUGGUCACGUUAAAACACGGCGGUCGACCAAUAGGAUUGUCGGAUUUAAAUGUGCCCGAUACUUUGCAUUACUACAUGGUUGGCGGAAACAAAAGAACAUUGACAGGUUCGCAAAAGGACAAGUACAAGGUGCCAUCGUUCCAAGUCAAAGAGGGUUCGUGCGUUAACUUGGACGUAACCGCUCCGGGAGCGACCAUGGCCCUGGGUUUGAUGUACUUGGGAACUGGCAACAGGGCGGUAGCCGAUUGGAUGGCGCCACCGGAAACGCAGUACCUGCUCGAUUUUGUCCGUCCCGAUUUUUUGCUGCUCAGGAUUUUGUCCAGAUCUCUUAUUCUAUGGGAUGACAUCGAACCCUCUAAAGAGUGGGUAGAGGGUCAAGUACCAUCAACCAUAAGGCCUUACUGUAUGGUUAAACCUAACCCCACUUUAGAUGUGGAUUAUGAAGCAAUGAAUCAAGCCUACUGUAACAUUAUUGCCGGAGCGUGUUUCGCAUUGGGUUUAAAAUUCGCCGGUUCUUCAGAUAAAGACGCUUUCGAUACCCUUAUUUAUUUUUGCCAUUUAUUUACCAAACUUACCAACAAAUCAAUUGCGGAAUUGGCCGGCAGAGCAACGAUUGAAACGUGUUUAAAUGCUGUUUUACUUUCAGCAUCAAUGGUGAUGGCUGGUACCGGAAACCUGGAAAUAAUGCGUCUGGUGAGACAUCUGCGCAAGCGCGUCGGAGCCUCUUCGAGCGCCGUCGUCACCUACGGCUCCCACCUGGCCACUCACAUGGCCUUGGGUCUGCUGUACUUGGGGGGCGGUCGGUACACGCUGUCGAACUCGCCGGCCAGCGUUGCCGCGCUCAUCUGCGCCUUGUACCCCAAGUUUCCCACGCACAGCAACGAUAACAGGUAUCACCUGCAAGCUUUCCGGCACCUGUACGUUUUGGCGGUGGAGCCUCGCGUCGUCAUACCCAGGGACGUGCAUUUGGGUAAAACUUGCUACGCGAACCUGCGCGUCGUCACUUUGGAAGGCUCGGAGUUGCGCGUCAAAGGUCCCGGCAUUCUGCCCGAUCUAAGCACGCUGACCAAGGUUUCCCUCGAGGACGACCGCUACUGGCCGGUGGUGUUCGAACGGGGACGCAACUGGGAUCUGUUAAUAAAAAUACUUUUUACCGAUGGCCAUGUGGAGGUAAAACAAAGAGCAGGUUGCCUAAGCUACAUAAUGGACAGAUUUGGUUAUCAAAGUCAUUUGGCCAGGACUUUAACGCAAUCUGGAAUUGUGCCCUGGGACCCCACUCCAGACUCAAUUAGUUCAUUUACGUCUGAAAAAAUGAUAAAGUAUUUUUGCGAUCAUUUCCUCAAGCUGAAAAGGAAGAAUUUCCACUUGCAGGAGCAAAAAUUGAAGCAGAAGUUGAUAAAAGUCACAUAUGAUGCUGUUAUUAAGGAUAAGCUAAUUAUUAUCUACGUUUUUGCAACACUUUUUAAGAUGGUGGAAGAUCUCGCCAAAAAUCCAAGCACAAAUAAUAUUUGGCAGUUAAAAAUAAUCAGGAAACAAACUUUCAUGAAGACCAUGCUUUGCAAUUUAAUUUCCAAAGAGGCUCUGAUUUCGGUUCAGCAGGAAAUCUUUGAUAUUUUUGGAGAGUGGGAAAAAACAAUGGGACAUCAACUGAACACCUAUUUGUUAGGUGGUGACGUUUUCAGUGAGAGUUUGGAAAUGCAAAACAAGUUGGCGAACUAUGUGAUUUUGUAUGAUAUACCCUACAACUUUGAAUUGAAGAAUGGCGAACUUUUGGAGGUGAUGAGCAAAUUGCAGUCCAGCAACUUCUCAAGUGAGACUGUUAGCAAAUUAAUUAAGAUUAUUCAAUUGUAGAUUUAAGAGCAACUUUUUGUACAUAAAAUG